AUGGGGGCAAGAAAAUGGUAUCCAGACCCAACGGCAUCAAAGUGCAUCAAAGAUUCACACGCAUCGAAGUUACCAAAAAAGCUAUUAUGGAGCACGAAAACGUUAUCUUUUGUCCCCACAUCUGGCUAUCGCGAGACCAAACCAGAAGUCAUGCGACACCUAAACAACAAAGGUAUCGACCACCUCAAAAUUUGUGUGAAGCCAACUCAGCCUAGACCAUGGAAAAAAGACUACCAUGCGCAACGCAAUCCUAAGGUGCUGAUACAACACCGUUAUACAGGCUUGGCUAAAAGAAGAAGAAUGUGUCAGCGGACAUAUUCAUUAGGAGCUCUGAUCCUGACCCCUGUGUUACUACGCACACGCGAAGGAGAAACGAAGGCGAGAAACAAGCGUUCAGAAACGUAA